CUGCUACAGUGCUCUGAGAGUCACCGCCUACAACCAAUCAUAGUGUGUGUGUGUGUGUGUGUGUGUGUGUGUGUGUGUGUGUGUGUGAGAGAGAGAGAGAGAGAGAGAGAGAGAGAGAGAGACUCAGUCUGCUCUGCUUCAGCCGGGAAAAGGAGUUUUGAAACCGGUGUAUGGCGUGGAGCAGAGAGAGGAGGUCAUUCUGCAGCCUUGAGUCACCUGGAGGAGGAAAAGUGUGUGUGAGUUUGUGUGUGUCUGAGAGAGAGAGAGCGAAAGUGUGUGUGUGUGUGUGCGUGCGUGCGUGUGUGUGUGUGUGUGUGUGUGUGGAGAGAGAGUGAGUGUGUGUGUGUGUGUGUGUGUUAGGGAGAAAGGGAACAAGGAGAAGAGUGAAGGAGUGACGAGAGGAAGGAGAAGAGACUGAAAGCUCUUUGGAUGUGAUUUUGUUGGUCAAGUUUUUUAGGAUUUUUUUUUUCUUGGUUUUAUGGCUCUGAAGUGAACACACACACACACACACACACACACACACACACACACACACACACGAUUUAGGACGCAGCCAGAGGAAGGAAGAAGGGAACGUCAGUAUGGCAGACCCCAUGAUGGAGGAGUCCGAUUCCGUACCUGGGAAAGAAGAGCUGAACUGGGGCUACGAGGAAGGUGUGGAGUGGGGUCUGCUCUUCCCGGAAGCGAACGGAGAGAAUCAGUCUCCCAUAAACCUGAACUCGAGAGAGGCUCGUUACGACCCCAGACUGCUGGAAGUCGGUUUAACGCCCAACUACGUGGUGUGUCGAGACUGUGAGGUCAUCAACGAUGGACACACCGUCAGGAUCAUGCUCAAGUCCAAAUCAGUGGUGACCGGAGGCCCUCUGCCCAGUGAUCACGAGUUCGAGCUGCAUGAGGUUCGUUUCCACUGGGGCAAAGAGAACCAGAGAGGCUCCGAGCACACCGUUAACUUCAAGGCCUUUCCUAUGGAGCUGCAUCUGAUCCACUGGAACAGCACGUUGUUCAACACUUUGGACGAUGCCAUGGGCAAGAAGAACGGCAUCCUCAUCAUCGCACUCUUCGUCCAGAUCGGUAAGGAGCAUCUGGGACUGAAGGCUAUUACAGAGGUGUUACAGGACCUGCAGUAUAAAGGAAAGACAAAAAUAAUUCCUUGUUUUAAUCCUAACACUUUAUUACCUGAUCCAUUAUUAAGAGAUUACUGGGUGUACGAAGGUUCUUUAACAACACCACCGUGUAGCGAAAAAGUCACCUGGAUCCUUUACCGCUACCCGCUAACUAUCUCUCAAAUGCAGAUCGAGGAAUUCCGGAGACUCCGGUCUCACAUUAAAGGGGCGGAGCUUCCUGAAGGGAAUGACGGGAUGUUGGGAGAUAAUUUUCGGCCCACGCAGCCUCUGAGUGACCGCGUGGUCAUAGCGGCAUUUCAGUAAAGCACCGCUGCAGCAAUCCAUCACUGUAACGCCAAGGUUACAAAGCCGAGCCGGACGACGGAAACCGAACCCUCUCAUUAAAUCCUGCUUCAUGUGAACACGCAUUAGCGUAGCUCGAGCCCGAUGCUAACAAUUUGCACAACACGCUAAUGAGUUUAACUUGACUGUGUGCUACAACAUGCCAGAUUACACAUGAAGAGAAAUUCCCAGUCACUCAUCACUAACUUAUCAUCACUAACUUAUAUGAACGUGUAUAAAGCAGGUGCCAAGAUUCAGUUACACACGACACUUCGCCAGGUUCAACAUCAGGAGUGGACGAAUUAUUCAUUUAUUAGCUAGCCUGAAGUUCCGUGUUUUGGUUCGUCUGGAAAUUCAAUAGCUAACAUCGCAUUUUACCUGCUGUAUUAGCAAAAAAUAAAUAAAUCUGAUAUUAUCCUAACAUACACUGACUAGCUAGAUAGCUUGCGACAUUAAGUAGACAAAAAAAUUGUUGUAUUUUUUGUUUGUAGAUUGCCAUUAGCCAUUACGUUUGACCAGCUAAAGCGACACAGCCGGACAGGCCACGUUUGUAACUUGCUAGCUAGCAUUAGUUAGCAUUCAUGGGUUAUGCUAGCUCUGUAUUACAAGAGUUAGCAAUAUAAUACAGUAAUUUUUUUAAAAGCUGAUCUGAAUGUAAAGCUAUGACGGGACAUGCGCUUUUAGCUUUUCGUCUUUUUUUAAUCGCAUGUCGCGUGAGUUAUUGAACGUAUUCGUCUUCGUACUCGUAUAGAAAAAACACAUACUGUAACAUUUAGUUUACGUUUAGGACACUUUAGUUACGGAAGUGAAAAACAAACAGUAACGCUUUUAUGUCAACGCUUUUAUGUCAUUAUUUACUACAGAGACAAUGUGCUGGUGUUUAACGUUAUGAAUAAAAUAAUUUUUAACUUUAA